AUGGCCAGCUUCUCGUGGCAGCACUUUAUUAAUCAGGUGCUGGCCACUCAAGGGAACAACAAUAACAGCUGCAACAUGGGUGCAAGGGUUGAAGAAGAUUUGGCCAAGCCUUACAAGCCGAGUAACCUCUCAUGCUUCUCACAGCAAAUAGCCGAUUAUGAUUUUCAAAAGAAGAUUAAAAUUCCAUCCCACAUCAAGACAUAUGAUGGGACUGAAGAUCCUGAAGACCAUCUUCAGAUCUUUACUGGUGCUGCUAGAAUUGAGAGAUGGUCGAAUGCUAAAUGUCGUCUAAUGUUCAUGCAAACCCUUGUCGGGUCAGCUAGAAUAUGGUUCAAUGAUUUACCUACUCGAAGCGUUCGAAGCUUUGAUGACCUCAGCAAGGGGUUCCUGGCCAAUUUCUCCCAGCAAAGGCGAUACGUCAAAGAUGCUACAGUAAUCUUUCAGAUAAAACAAAGGGAUGAUGAAAGCCUUCGAGAGUUCAUCGAAAGGUACAAGAAGGAAGGUCUCACAUAUGUUGGGGCAGACGAAAAAAUAAGAGUGGCCGGUUUUAUGAACGCCAUUACCUCCAAAUAUCUCACACGAGAUUUCAACAAAUCCCUGCCCAAGACCUUGGAAGAAGCUCUCGAAAGGGCUGAAGCCCACAUCCGGGGAGAGGAGGCUGUGGACGUUAAAGAACAAAGAAAGAGGGGAUCAAGCUGGCGGGGCAACAACCCAGCUAGAAAAAGGGGAAACUUUAACUCUUAUGACAGACGUCAAAAGGGUUCAGAGCAACGAAGGUCUAAAGGUCGGAACCCUCCGAGCAGGGAAAGGACCACAAACUUUACACCCCUUACCAAGACCCCUCAAGAGAUUCUUGCCACAGAAGAAGUGAAACAAAGCUUUCGGCCUCCUAGACCUCUCCCUAAAAGCAGAAAGAACGAGAAUUCCACCCAAUACUAUGAAUUUCACGAAGAAAAGGGGCACCACACCAAUGAUUGCUUCCAGCUUAAGAAAAGGAUCGAAGAAGCCGUUAAGUCCGGGGAACUUGGUCACUUGGUGAAGGGAGUAAGGGACAAAAUGACCGAAGGAAAGGGCAAGGAAGUCAACAUGGUGGAUUUUGAUGGAAAGGUUCCGCACAAGGCAACGGUUAGAAGCUUGGGAGCUUCAGUGUGUUUGCUUCCCUCCAACAGAGAAAGACCCCCUUUCGAACCCUCUUGUGGUUGA